CCUCGCAAAAACUUGCUUAAUCAGGCAAAACAAACUGCGUCUAGUUGCAGCAAAAGUACAUCAGAAAACCAUUGGCAGAAAUUUUUAGCGAAGAAAAUGUCUCUUUUCAAAAUGUGUAAUUGGUGGAAAACCCAGUGCCCAGAUGUGGAACCUAAUUACGAUUCGUUUUCGCUUCACUGCACCCGUCUCUGCAUCGAGGAAGGUGAAAAGGAUAGCAUCAUUGUGGGUUCCCAUUCGGGACACCUUUCGAUUUAUCAACCCUCGUAUAAAACCCCCCAAGAUGAGUCCGAGGAGGACCAGCAGUUCGAGAACGUUUUCCAGCAUUCGGAUGUGGUGUUGGAAAUAAAACUACCCCAUCCGGUGAUCGGAAUCACCAGUGGAAAGUUUACCACUGCCUCCAAGUCCGAUACCCGGUUGCAUGUUGCCAUUUUGCAUCCGAUGAAGGUGGCCAUCUACCAGAUAUUGACGGUGGACGGAAUUGCCGACCAUGGCGAUCACAGUACUCUACACUUACUCUACGAACACCAGCUCACGAAGCCCGCUUUUUCGUUUUGCCGGGGUAAUUUCGGCGGUGUUAAAGGUCGAGACUUCCUCUGCAUUCAGCACCUGGACUGUUCGUUGCGUUUCUUCGAGCAGGACGGUAUCAGCUUCGAGUGCAGCCUUGCCGGAGAUCGUAAUAUACCUUCACCGAUCACGUACGUCGCCCGGGUGGACUGUUUCGUGACCAUUUCUCCAGCUUGGGAGCUUGAGUGCUACCGCUACCAGGAUCUAUCCGAGACGAACGAAAAACUUCGUCGUAGUGAUCCCAUCUGGUCGGCCUGUGUCGGCGAGUACGCUCUGGAUCUAAGUGUUCAUCAAAUUUCGAACACUGAAUCCCUUAUCGUUAUUCUGGGAGAGAACAACAUCCUAUGUUUCACAGAUACUGGUAGAAUAAGGUUUGUGAAGAAGUUGGAUUUCUCUCCAAUAUGCUACUGUUCGUUUGUUAUUGGCUGGUAUUGGGAGCCCGAUGCACGAUUGUUGUUAGCCGUGGUUUCCGAAAGCGGAUCGUUGUUGCUAUACGAAGGUAAUCAAAUAAUGUGGUCUGCAGAGCUACAAGAAAUACCGGUCGCCAUUGGAAGAGCCAACGUAACCGAGUUGCCGGGAGCCUUGAUAACCCUGGACAGCACCGGAGUCCUUUGUGUUGGAUACUUGGGAUCGGAACCACAUCUGUUCAAAGUACCUCCUUUGAAUUUAGCUCCCUUCGAGAUUGAAAAAUGCCAAAGGGAGAUGUUGGAGCUAGAAAAAGAAAUCCAAUCUGGGGUCGACUUUAGCGACAUCAGUCUCUUGAACGCUGCUGCCGAACGUGAUGUUGCGUUGCAUGUGUUAGUUGAUUCGAAUUUAGAAAAAUGUACUCAUAAGGGUAAUGUAGUUUAUGAAAGUCACUCCCUGCAAAUGUGUCAAAUCGCCGUCACAGCUAAGGUCAGGAUUAAUCUUGAGCUUCUUCAAAUACUUGUGUCAGUAGACCCAGCUUUAAAAUGUACCAAAGAAAUGUUCAUGUUUAUAGAUGUAACUGCAGAUAGCGUGCAACAGUUAUCGGCGUGGGUUUAUCCGAAUGAGCCGGUGACUCCUGGUAGUUCAGAUAUACUCAUAACAUGUUCCUACACAAAUAAACAAGGUAUAACGAGAGUUCAACAGAAAAGUAGCUCGUUGCCGAUGAAAAUGUUUGUCAAAACAAGCCAAGCUUCAAAGGAAGGAUCCCAUAAAGUCACGCUCACUGUCCACGAUGCCAAUGAAGGUCUCCAAAGGCUUUUUCCUGAGUUUAUGAGUGAAGGAAGUCCGCAUGCUUUAGGACUUACGUCAUUACUUACUGGAAGCAAGGUAACGAUUGUUGCUGCUAAGAACACAAACCGUUAUCGCGUUCAAUCUGAAGACCUUUACUCCAUCCCUAUUGUUGUGAACUCCUUGGUGGAGCGAAUCAUUCAAAUCAAUCCUGAAUCCUCCAGGGACUCCAAGAAACAGACUCUAAAGGUAUCAAUAUCGUCGUAUCCCCCCGUUGAUGAUCUACUGGGUGCCAUCGAUGAACAUUACCAACUAAGGGAAAAACUGAAAAAGAAAUCAAACGAAUUGGAAAUUCAGACCGGCCAAAUGAGACUUUUCCAGCGACGGUUUGUGGUCAAGCUCCAGGAACGUUCCAUACGGGCCCUUGAUGGAGUUUUGAUGCUGCUCAAGAAAAACCAUAUGGAAAUUUCCAAAACUUGCAACCAAAUGAAAGCAGUCCAAAACGAAAUAAAAAUAUCGCAAAUUAAAUUGACUGGAUUGUUAAGCCUGUUCGAGGCUAGUUUUGUUCAUUCGGACAUAGCGUUGAAGUACCUGGAAACCGUAAAAUCCAUCUUUGCCAGACCGGUCUUCGACUGCACGGAUCAGGGCUGGGAAGAUGUUGCGCAGUCAAUGGUUAAAUUUCUCUCUCAGAGUGGACCGUUUCGAACUGCCAGCGGAAUUUCUUCGUUCGACGAAAAGUUUAUCUUCACCUUGGACGAAAGCUUCCAGCUUGAUGCGUUCAAGAAACAGUUUGCCACUUUGCUGGCACGGAUAGGAGAGAAACGAUCCAAAAGUGGACGUAGCAGCGCCGAUUUCGAAGAGGAACUUGAAGCAGACGAAGGCAACGACGAAACCACUGCUACGAAGAGCGAAUGGAUCAGCUAUGAAAAGCCUAGCGAUAUGCUGCCGGUGUGAGACUGAAAGGAAUUCAUCGUGAGUGGUAUUUGGGCUGUAACGCUUAUUUGUUGAGUUAUGAGCUCGUGGUCGAUGGUCAUAGUUAUUAUGGUCGUAGUUAUAUCACCCCCCAAAAAUUCACCCAGAAUACGACGUAGCAUGCAUUAUGAUAAGCUACCCUUAUCUGUUGACAGCAAAGGAAUCUGGAUUGUUGAACCAAGUAAAUAAAACUGCAUCGCUGAAGCUACCACAUUCAAUAUCAACGGACCCGAAAUCCUUAUUUCAACCCGAUCCCCAAUAUUACUUAACGAGAACUCAUUAGAAAUCUGGAAUUAAUAAAGUCGGGUCGUGAAGAUAAGAAAUUCCCACACAACUGUUGAAUUUAGGUAGUUGGUAGAGAAGGAGCUAACGAAACCACGCUACAGGAAGCAACCACCGACGGAAGACAGAAAUCUGUACUCUGAAUGGUCUUAAUUAUUCCAAUGAACUUGGGGGAAAGGAUUCAUACCGCUUGCUAAUAACACAAUUUUUGUAAACUUUUCAGAUUAAACGGGGAACAAGAGUCUUUCAAAUGUGACAUUCGAGCUCGUGUAUCGCACAUUCGAUUCCAUUAAAGGCAGAGGAUAAAGGUCGCGAGUUUUUGAGUUCGUCUUUGUAAAAUGGAUGUGAAAAAUCAACAGAACUAAACCAAAGGCGUCAUUAUUGUAUUAACCAUUUAUUGUACACUUUUUAAGAAACAAAGAGAUGGAAAGG